AUGGGUCUUGGUUCCAAUUUCCUUGCCACUGCAGGUACCGCAGCGGUCGCCGGGUACAUGAAAAACAGCUCGAAGCUGCAGUCUAGCGCUCCCGGUCAGCAGUCCCAGUCUUAUGCACAAGGCGGGCAGUAUGGUCAACCUUAUGGGCAGGGUGGGCAAAGCGGGCAGCAGUACGGUCAAGUUUACGCGCAGGGCGGACAAUACAACCAACCUCAAGGCGCUGCCAGCCAGUACUACUCUCCACAGGGUCCACAAGGUGGCACUGCUUUUGCUUCCGCCUAUGGAAGCUCUGCGCAAGGUGCAGGAUCAAACAACAGCAAUGUACAAUACCUCUCGAGCGUGUUGCAGCAGUGUGUCCAAGAUCAAGGUAUCCAGGCAUUCUAUACUCCCCAAUCUGUCGGCAAUAUUGCUCAGAGUGUGGCUCAGUCUGGAUCUCUCAACAGGAUUGCUCAAGAAUGGAGGAUCCCCCAGGAGCUUGCUACUGAAAUCGUCAAACUUGCUUUGUUCGAUGUAGUCCUCUAUGUCGAUGACUCUGGAUCCAUGGCCUACGAGGGUGGUGGGGAGCGCAUCGAAGAUCUCAAGCUCAUCCUUUCUCGAGUUGCAUACGCCACCAGCCUAUUUGACCACGACGGGAUCCAGGUCAGGAUGAUGAAUUCGCGUAUUGAGGGCAACCACAUCAACUCUGAGCAGGAGGCGCUGCGUCUCGUGUCUCAAAUCCAGUUCUCUGGUCUCACUCCUCUCGGCACGUCACUCUGGAAGAAGAUACUCCAGCCCUUGGUCGUAGGUCCUGCCCAGCAGGGGCGACUUGUCAAGCCCGUGCUUGUCGUUUGCAUUACGGACGGAUCUCCUGCUGGGGAACCCAACGGACACCUCUUUGAUGUGAUCCUCCGUGCCGACCAAGAGCUCAAACAGACUCGCUACGGCCCUGACGCCAUUUCUUACCAGUUUGCCCAAGUUGGCGACGAUAUGAAGGCAUCCCGUUUCCUGGCAGAGCUUGAUGCCCACCCUGUCGUCGGCUCUCUUGUUGACUGCACAUCCAAUUUUGAGGCAGAGCAGGAAGAAGUGCAACGCAAGACGGGGACCAUAUUGGACCCCACCAUGUGGAUUGUCAAGCUCUUGAUGGGACCUAUCAGCACGGCUUUCGACCUCAAAGACGAGGCUUUCCACAAGCGCUACUAG